AAAUAAAUGGGUUUAUUAAUUGUCUAACUGAAAAAAAUCAUUUGGCCAAUUGUUUUUUGUCCCUUUUGGUUCUCCUGGUAUGUAUUAUCCUAGAGCAAAACUUGAGAGGACCACAGGUGAACCUAACAAGUUGGAAUGACAUUCUGAACGGCGUCGUUUGUUGGUAGAUCUAACUUCUAAGUUUCUAACAUCAUUUCUGUUCAGAGAUGUCAGUAUUUCAGACUGGCAGCAUUUGUCCCGAGAACCCACAACACCCCCCUUUCAUCUCAUUUUAUGCCAUUACUCCGCUCAGUUCUGCGCUCUCUGUACACGUUCAGUUCCAAAUAAUUACUACUCUCUCGUUUCCCUCUCACUGUCUCUUCACUCUGCACAACGGCCCUUCGCCAACCCAACGUCUCCAUUCUCCAUUCCAUUAACCACACGCCAUGACACUCUCCACUCCCUCUCUCAAAUCCAUCUCUUUUCUUCUUGCUAACGCCUUGUUUCUCGUUCAAAUUCAAAUCCAAGUCUGCUUAUGUGCUUCCAAAUCAAUAGACAUGUUAGUGCUUCCCCUCAAAACCCAGGUCGUUCCAUCUGGGUCAUUCCCCAGAUCCCCAAACAAACUUCACUUCCACCACAAUGUAAGCCUCACCGUCUCACUCACUGUAGGCACUCCCCCACAAAACGUCUCCAUGGUCCUCGACACCGGGAGCGAGCUCUCAUGGCUUCGCUGCAACAAAACCCAAACCUUCCAAACCACAUUUGACCCCAAUCGAUCCUCUUCCUACUCACCCGUCCCUUGUUCCUCUCUCACCUGUACCGACCGUACCCGCGACUUCCCCAUUCCCGCUUCUUGCGAUUCCAACCAGCUCUGCCACGCCAUUCUCUCAUACGCCGACGCCUCCUCUUCCGAGGGAAAUCUCGCGUCGGACACCUUCUAUAUCGGUAACUCUGAUAUGCCCGGUACGAUAUUCGGGUGCAUGGACUCCAGCUUCAGCACCAACACAGAAGAGGACUCCAAGAACACUGGACUCAUGGGUAUGAAUCGCGGCUCGCUCUCUUUCGUUUCUCAAAUGGAUUUCCCGAAAUUUUCCUACUGCAUUUCCGACUCCGAUUUCUCGGGCGUGUUAUUGCUUGGGGACGCUAAUUUUUCUUGGCUGAUGCCGUUAAAUUACACCCCACUGAUCCAAAUCUCAACCCCAUUACCUUACUUUGACCGAGUGGCAUACACGGUUCAGCUGGAAGGGAUUAAAGUUUCGUCUAAGUUGCUUCCGUUGCCCAAAUCAGUGUUCGUGCCGGACCACACGGGUGCAGGUCAGACCAUGGUGGAUUCGGGAACUCAGUUCACGUUUCUACUAGGCCCGGUGUACAGCGCGUUGAGGAACGAGUUUCUAAAUCAAACAUCACAGAUCCUGCGUGUCCUGGAGGAUCCCAAUUACGUUUUCCAGGGUGGCAUGGAUCUGUGCUACCGGGUUCCACUGAGUCAAACGAGUCUGCCCUGGUUACCGACAGUGAGUCUGAUGUUUCGCGGGGCGGAGAUGAAGGUUUCGGGUGACCGGUUGUUGUAUCGGGUACCGGGUGAAGUGAGGGGAAGUGAUUCGGUGUAUUGCUUCACAUUUGGGAACUCGGAUCUUUUAGCUGUGGAGGCGUACGUAAUUGGACACCAUCAUCAGCAGAACGUGUGGAUGGAAUUCGAUCUUGAAAAGUCUAGAAUUGGCUUUGCUCAGGUACAGUGUGAUUUGGCUGGCCAGAGAUUUGGUGUGGGUCUCUAGGGGGCAUGUAAUGGACACGCUUGAUCCUUGGCUCGUGUCAUUGAUUCUGGUUUUAGUUAUGAUAUUACAGUGGCCCUUGGUUGGACAUCGUCGGAUUGACAGUCCACCCUCUUGGUUUCAUAUGUAACCCAUAGAAGUGGUGAUCCGUCGAUGCCAAAAGGGUUAUAGAGACGCAGGGGAGAUGUUCUUUUCUUCCACAUUGUACAUCGGAUCUUUCUUUCUGUCCACGCAAUAGAUUAUUAUUACCUUUACAAAAGUCACAAAACCACGCUAUUUUCCUCUUUAUAUAAUGAAUUAAUAAUUUUUUUAGUGUGUUAUGGUA